AUGUCUUCGACAAUAUUAGAAACGGAUAAAACACAUAAUCGAUAUAUUGUUCUGUUCAAGGAUUCAGUAUCGAAUGCAGACAUUUCCAAAUUCUAUAAUGAACUCAAUUCUACCAUUAAAGUUUUAACUACAUAUACUCUUGUUAAAGGUUUUGCGGCUGAAUUCGAUCAUAAUGAUUAUACUUGGCUUGAACAACAUCCUAUGAUUGAGAUAAUUGGACUUAAUCAUAUAAAAUCAAUUGGCUGA